CUGCAUACAUUAAAGAAAAAGCUACGUUGCCCUUUGCAGCAUUAAUUAAUUAUCCAAAAUUGUCAAUCAAAUUUACAAACAACACAAAGUGAAUUUUAUAUUUGUCGGGAAAACCCUUAAACGCCAUUGCCAAUAGGAUGAAUUAAUUACAUAGUGUGGGCGAUUAAUGUGCCUACUUAUGUGUGAGCACAGAGCCAAAGGGGAUAUAAGGGAUCACUGAACAGACUCGGUUGAACAGAUUCCCUCACUACCGUAAACGUAAUACACCAAGUUGCAUUACCAAAAUAAAUGGAUUCUGUUCCAAACUGAAGAUGAAGCUAACUCAAUGUUUCAAAGUAUCCUAUUUUUGGCUGAUAUUAGGUGGAGUUUGGUAUCCUCGAUCUUUGGAUAAUAGUCGUAUGUUAUAUGCAGUUAAUUUUUACAGAGUAUUUGCAACGAUUUUUAUUAAUGUCGGAAUGUUAGCUAUUCAGUUCAUAUAUUUUUUUACGGUCGUUGGCAAGGACUUGGACAAAACCGUUGACGCCACCGCCUUAUUUACGUUUGUAGGAUAUCUUUACAAAGCAAUAACUGUCAUCAAAAACCGACAAAGGAUCAACAAGCUAUUAGAUAUAAUUGACAAUGAAACCGAUAAAGACGACUUGUUACGGAAUAUGGCUGCCAACAUAAAUUUUGUAUCUUUCUUCUACAACGGGUGGGCUUGUCUGACGGCGAUAAUGUGGAAUUUAAUUCCGUUUACAAAAGCUUCGCUCACUUUACCAUUUUACUACCCCGACUUAACCCCGUCGUCACCAUGGUUUGUUACAUGGUAUAUCUAUCAAGCUACAAUACUGAUAAUCAACGGGGUAGCGCAAACGAGCGCAGAUCAUCUGUUUGGGGGUCUAAUGGCGUUCGCGGCAACUCAGCUAAAACUACUUCAACACAAGCUUGAAGCUAUUGGAACUAAAACUGAUAGCACAAUGGAAAUAGAUGAGGCAAUUAAUAGCACAGCCCGAAAACGUGUGCUGUUUGCUAAGACGAAAAAUAACUCUCUGUUUGAGAAUAAACUAAAACGGGAUCAAACUGAAAAAAAUGAGGCAACAAUUGGCAACAAAAUAUAUUAUGAAAAGGAAUUCGAUGAACUAAAAUUCCUUUGCAAACGAUGCGAUUUAUCUAAUAUUUAUUCCUACAAUGCUUUCGUAGCGAGGGCUGAAGAAGAGCUUACUGCAAAUCCUAAGAUAUGUACUCAUCUGGCAAGCAAAGCUCAAAGACAACAAGAAGACUAUGAGGAAACGGUUUCAUGCGUUGAAUAUCACUUAAAAAUAAUAUGGUUUGUCGACGAACUCACGGACAUCUUUGGAGGAGCCGCGUUUGGACAAUUCCUACUAGCUGCACCGCUGAUUUGCUUAUCAAUGUUUAUUAUUAUGACCAGCAGUGAUGUGACAGAGAUAGUGACCAGAAUUUUAUAUUUUGGAUGCCUGUCAGGACAACUUUUUAUUUACUGUUUCUGUGGGAAUCUGAUAAAGACGCAGAGUGAUCUCGUGGCAACGGCAGCUUACAAAAGUCAUUGGACGUCCACAUCUGUGCGAACCCAGAAGGCUCUUCACCUACUCAUUAUCAGAGGCCAGAAAACUAUGUCUGUGGUGGCAGGCAAUCUCUUCGAACUUUCUCUGGUCACAUUUGGCGCGUUAUUGAAAUCUUCGUAUUCGUUUUUCGCGGUAUUGAGCAAACAACGCGAUGAAUAAGAUAAGAAUGCAUCUGUAGAUGAUAGUACAUAAUAUGCACAUAGAUAAAAUAGCGGGAAACAUAACGUAGAAUACCGGGGGAAAGUAGCACAAAGUAGUUGUAGUAGAAGAGGGAAAUGUGUAAUAUUAGCUUUUAUUAUAGCUUAGCACCGUUAAUCAAAUACUUCGUUAAUCACUAGACCGUUAAUAAAAAAGUUAACUUCGUUAAACGUUAAAGCGUUUCAUUUCGGAAGAAUUAACCCUUAAAUGCAUGGUUUUUUUUAUUUUAUUUUUGUUUAUUGAUUCCGGUAAAAAUAGUAAAUAAAGUUAAAACGUCGAUUUUCAAUGCUAAAUUAGUGUCAGACGUUAAAUAGGGUAAGUCAUAUUCAUGUAAAUAUACAAUUAUUGUUAAAAGAUACAUGAAAAAUCGUACUUCCAUCAUAAAAACACACUAUUUGCGAUAUACCUAUAAUAAAGUGUUUAAAUAUAAAAUAACUACAAACCCCGAAAAAAAAACCGCUUAAUUUACUUAUUAAAAAUCAUCAACUUUUGGCUUUUUCCAAAUUGUCCACCAUUUCACCUGAAAACAAAUGUAACUUAGGCCAUUUAUUAGCUUAGCUUAACCUGGGCCUACACUUUUUCAUUAGAGUGGAACUUCAAAAUGAUGUGCGCAAAAAUACAGGUGCAAAUAUUCAGUCAAUCACUCCGCCAGGCGACGACAAAGAGCAACUGGCUUCAACUCGCACCUUGGACGUCACCUGGCACUACUUUUCCCCCAAAUAAAACGCCUGGCAUGGUUAUAUUUGAAUUAAAUACAUAAUUAGCUAUAAUAUCACACCAAACACAAAUCUCUAUAAAUUGCACACCUUCAAUUCAUUUGACAACCCCUUUGUUGCCCAACCACUGUCACACCCACUGCUGAACAGCUGCCAGCCGCCCGGAUUAAUUAAUAAUGAUAGUAUAGUACACUAACUAGAGGGAUUUCGUUGCUCAAUAAAUUAUAAAACCUAUUUCCGUAGCUAGCUCUUAGACCACUAUUUUGCAUGUAGGGGGGGCCUGCCAGCCCAACUCCUCAAGGAAUAUAAUAUUUGAUGUUGAGUAGGACCCCGGGAUCCAAGAUGUUUAGCCCUGUAUGGAGCCACUCCGCUGCAUUCCAGCACCACGUAAGAAGCUGUUUGUUCGGUCUCUUAUAGUUCAUAGGUACCUAGUAAUAAAUCGUUUGACUUGUUAAGGAAAA